AUGGCUUUGCGAAAGGCAGAGUGGGAACAAGAGACCUCCAGCCUCCCCCCGGGGUGGCCCACUGAGGGCUGCAUUGACAUGAGGGGCCUCUGCCUGCGUUACCGCCAAGAUCUGGACCUCGCCAUUCGCAACAUCACCAUCAACAUCAGCAGCGGAGAGAAGGUGGGGAUUGUAGGGCGCACUGGAGCGGGGAAAUCCUCCCUAAUGCUGGGAUUGUUCCGUAUCAUCGAGGCAGCGGAGGGCCACAUCUUUAUUGAUGGGGUUGACAUUGCUCAGCUGGGCCUCCAUGAGCUUCGCUCUAGAAUCACCAUCAUACCACAGGACCCAGUGCUGUUUUCAGGCUCCCUGAGGAUGAACCUGGAUCCUUUUGACAACUACUCUGAUGAGGAAGCAUGGAGAGCUCUGGAGUAUUCACAUCUCAAGAGCUUCGUAUCCGGCCUGCCAGACAAACUCAACCAGGAGUGUAGUGAAGGAGGAGAGAACCUCAGGUAACUGAUUAAUAUUCAGCCAUGCCAACUAGCAAAAACUCAGCUCAGCUGCAGAGAGAACAAGGCAUUUGUUUGAGUCUGGCUUGUGAAAGUGAAGUAAGUAUUUGUUUGCAAACGUAGCCAAUAGGGGAAUCAUCACCUCCACUGUUCUCACUUGGCAAUUAAUUCAAUUUACUUCUACUUGGCUUUUUUAUUUAUACG